CACAAAGUACUCAAAAACUUUGUUCUUAAUUUGAUUGUUUUGAGUUUAUUUUUAUCUGAUAAUGGCUACAUCAAGUGAUUCCUCUAUGUCAACAUAUGCAUCGUGUGCUCCUAUUACAGGAGAGCGCAAGCUCAACCUGGACCUGCAGAAGCAGCUUCCAAAACCAUUACUUCCUUCUCAUUUAUUUUCAACCCAUAUGGAUCUUUUAUUUAUUUAUUUAUUUUAUUUGUUCAUGUAUAUUUUGUGUUUAGUGCAUGUUUGGAGUGAUCACAAGUUCAUGCAAUAGACGUGGUAUAGUGAGUCAUGGUUAUUUUGUAUUGGUUAGUGGACUAAUUUGACCUGUCAUUCUAAGGUUAAUGGACUAAUUUAACCUCAAUUCAAUUACUUUACUACAAAAUUCUACAUGCUACGUUAAAGUAGGCAAAUAAAAUAAAUGAGAAUCUGUCGCGUUAGAUUUAUAAUCCAGAACAAAACCAACAUCUAUCUCUAUCCAUAUGCAUGUCAUGAGUUUUUCAUAUUGGAAUUCCUGAAAUAAACAUUUCCUUCUAAUAUGUCACUAGAUCUAGCACGGGCUUUGGUGGCAAUCGAUCCUGACCAUCCAAAUGGAACAGAAGGGAGGGAUAACCACAAUAUGAGCGUGCUCCAGCAGCAUGUUUCUUUCUUUGACAGGAACAAAGAUGGGAUUGUGUAUCCAUGGGAGACUUACCAGGGUUUUCGAGCAGUAGGGUGCAACAUUUUUCUGUCGUUGAGUGCGGCUUUUUUGAUCAAUCUUAUACUUGGAUACAGCACUCAACCUGGAUGGCUUCCUAAUCCUCUACUACCUAUUUAUGUGAAGAACAUCCAUAGAUGCAAACAUGGAAGUGACUCUGAAACAUAUGACACAGAAGGAAGGUUUGAGCCAUCAAAAUUUGAUGCAAUUUUCAGUAAAUACGCGCUGACAUAUCCUGAUGCAUUAACAUCAAAAGAGCUAGACAAGAUGCUUGAGGCCAACAGAAAUCUCACUGAUUUCAUAGGCAGGCUCAUAAGCUUGGGUGAGUGGAGGCUUCUUUAUAGUUUGGGGAAAGAUGAGCAAGGUUUGUUACACCGAGAAACCAUUAGAGGAGUCUUUGAUGGUAGCUUGUUCGAACAAUUGGAGAAGAAGAGAGCUUCUUCCUUGAAAAAGAACUAGAUGUUUCUGACAAAAGUACUUGGUGCUCAAUUGCAAAAACUUUCAUGUUUCCUGUAUACUGUUGCUGUCAAAACAAUAAUAAUAUAAAACAAAUUAAGGAGUUAGAAAAUUCA